GGCGGUGUGCCAUACACUAGUAAGCAAUUAGUAAUCUUGGGCCGCACUCCUUUAUCUGCAUGAGCUAUCCCAUUCCAACAUUCCAACAAUUUAUAGACUCAGUCAACAUCAAAGUUUCUUUCGUUAAUAUCAAAUCUGAUGUAUUAUACAUAAUGCCUCUCAAUUUACGAUCGCCAAGCUGCGUGGCGAUACAAGCAGCUCACCUAGCUGCCUGCUUGUCUGCAGUGACUGAGAAACUUGUUCAGAAAAACAUUCAAGUUGUUGAGUAUGAGGGGACCUUAAACCGGUGAUUCGGGUAUCCCGUGGUACUGAAUAGAUGUUUGCAUGGGGUGUGCCGGACUCUAAUCUAUCUGAAGUGUGCGAUCUCCUCAUUACUCACGGCUUUGAACCUGGCGGAAUCUUAAAGUGACAUACUCGAUUGGGGGAUUGAUGUUUCUAUGUGGCUCAACCAGAGCACAUCUGGUACCUCUCUCAUUUCUACAUCUUGCCUUAGAUGAGUUUCAAGAGGUCAUUUCAUCUGUCAACUUGAGAUACAAAACCCUAAUUCCAAAGAUACGGCCAUGUCUUAUUUCUUUAAUCAGCAGGCUUGUGGCUCUACCAACUGGGAUGCAUCGAAAUCCAAUUGAACAUGAUUUGGUUGUUUUUCUUGACCAAGUUAUCUUCCCCAGACUACCAGAAGGUGAAGAUGAGGAGCAUGAGCCAGAGGAACACUUUCAACAACGGGUUGAGCAGGCGCUAUCUUAUGUCCAUGGGUGGGAUUGGAAGCGAGAGGAACUGAAGUACCUUGAGAUUGUUGGGAAACUUGUUCGAUUCUAGCCAGAUUUUGAAAAUAACGGAAUGCAAAUGAUAAUGAUGAAAAUAUAUGUAAUAGGUAGUGGCAAGGAGGUGGUGGCAUGUAACAGAAUAGCGGUUAUGAGCCCGUCACAACCAGAGAAAAGGUCUGGAUAUUAUUUUAUUCAAUACUUUUACAGUCUUGCCAUUAAACUAUAGAUAAAAUAAAAACAUAUAACAUCAUAGCUCGCAUGGUUUAUGAUUAUGGAGAAG